CCUAGACGAAAGGCAUCUUGUCAAACAGGUUUAACACGUGAUGGGCAGGGUACUUAACGAGGUGGGAAUAAAAUAACAGGUGAAGUUGGGAACGGCGUUUUUCUUGAUUAAUUCGAAAGAUUCAUUCGAGAACAAGGUUGUCAUAAUGUGGGGUUAUUUCGGGCCUUGUGCUACUUGUGUAUUGAUGGUGCUGCAGAUCACAGAGGCCAGGGUCAUCUGCAAAAGUGAUGUAUUCCUCCCGGAGCAACCUGCGACGUCCUUCCUAUCUCGAACCCUCCUCUAUAACAGUUGGGACUUUGAGCUAGUAGUGCCCGGUAACAUAGAGAGGGAGUGUAUGGAGGAGGUAUGCACAUACGAAGAAGCACGAGAAGUUUUCAAGGACAAGGCCACAACGGAUGCUUUUUGGGACAAGUAUACACAUCAACAGGCCUACGCACCUAAAAUGGACAUGUCAGGCAUGGUGGCUGGGAUUGUUGCCGCAGUGGUGAUACUGAUUUUUGUGGCUAUACUCAUCUGCUACUGUUGCAGAAGAAAAAAUAAGAAUGUGAGGGGAGGGCAAAGCGUUCCAGUGACGAUGCCUGCAGAUGUAGUCAUGCCCCCUGAGUCAGUUCCACUGGCAGGAGUAGGAGUUCCAGGACUGCCGUCGUAUAACGAAGCCAUCAGCCGCACCGGGCAGCACGACCUGCCACCACCUCCUUACUUGGGGGAUGGUGAACAAGGUGAACCAACCCCCCCUGAUACUGAAAACAUCUGAGAAGUUAAGGGUGAACAGAAAUGGUGGAGAAGAUUCUGCAGUGAUUCUUGGUUUUUAAAAAUGAUUCAGGAGUAAUAAGAAGCAUAAAGAAACAAAAACUGAAAGAUGUUUCUUUUGUCAACUAUAUCAUGAUACAAUAAAGUGGAACUGGAUGGGAUUUAAAGGA